AUGUCAAGCCACGACGAAUAUUCCUCGGACGAAGAGGACUUGUUUGACUCUCCCAAAUCAGACGUUUUCCUCGGCUUCGUCGAUAUCGGAAUUGGUGAAGAUGAUGAGUACCCCACAAUUGAAGAUACCUUUAUCGGUGGGCAGCCCAUCUGGCCCCAUCCAGAGUCUAAGCCCAAAGAAGAAGACUUGAAAUGUGAUAACUGUGGCAGUCUAAUGGCUUUACUAGCCCAAGCUUAUGCUCCUUUGGAUGGCAAGGCCUAUGACAGAUUAAUAUAUGUUUUUGCGUGCAAGAACACCGCUCGGUGCUCAAGAAAGAAGGGCAGCAUCAAGGCCAUUCGUGCUAUCAACAAGGACCCUGCUAUUGCACAGAAAAUUUAUGAAGAGCAACAGGAGGAGGCACAGAAGGCCUUGGAUGAAAAGCUUCGGUUGGAAGAUAAGAAGAAGUUCCAGAUAGAGAUGACCAAGGACUUGUUCGAUGUCACCAAGCCAAGUGACAAGGGUGGUAACUCUUUCCAGACUAAUGAUAACCCAUUCAAGUCGCUGAAACCAUUUGGUGACUCUAAUGCAUUCAAUAGCUCUUCCCCAUUUGGCUCUUCAAACCCGUUUGAGAAGAAAGAGCAGCCACAGCCCGAGAAAAAUGGUAAGAAGAGUUAUGCUGAGGCUAGUAAGACUGCUAAACCUCCAGCUCCAGUGAAGAAGCCAUUAAGUGCAAAUUUGCCAGAGUACCCAGGCUACAUUCUUUUCACAGAAAAAGAAAAACUCAAGAAGGUGACUCUUGAACCUGAGCUCGAGAAGUAUAAGCAUUUGAUAGAGACUUCUACGGAAGAAGAGGGACCAAGCAAGGGCGGAAAAAAGGAGAGAACACUCUCGUCAUCCAGCUCUUCUUCUGCAGCAGUCAACUCACAGACAAACCAAAUCUCCAAGAUGCUAGAUGACAAGUUCUUCGAGAACUUCACUUCAGUGGUCAACCAUAACCCAACACAAGUGCUUCGGUACGACUUGGAUGGUCAGCCUAUACUUUACAGCGGCAAAGAUGAUGUUGCCAAGCAGGUUUCUGACAAAACAAUUCCUGACCCAGCAUACAACCCAUCUUCAAGAAGAAGAUUCGAACUACAGUUAAUGCCUAAGGCCAUCAUGGACCUCGAAGGAGAAGGUGCCUCUGUAGCCGACAUUUUGAACGGUAUGUCCUGGGGAACGAUCGUGGUUUACACAGACGAAGAGGACUACAUGCCCAGCUUGGACGAGAACCAUGUUGGAUACGUGAGAGAGUACUGUGGAGUACAAUGGGAGGAGAGCGUCGAGAGAGCCCAGGAAGGAGCCACCGACGCCUAG